AUGCCCCAACCGCGGCUCGUCGGAGCUCAAGAACUGCCAAUUGAGCCGUCGGGCAUCAUUUGGCAGGACGACUUCAUCUCGCCCGAGCUAGAACAGGAGCUCAUCGACCGGUUCCUCCACAAGAUGGACUGGCCCGACGGAACUGGGCGACGAUCUCUGCACUUUGGCUACACCUUUGACUACCGGACCUUUGGCGUCGACCCCGAAGUUCAUGUCACGCCAUUUCCAGAUUGGCUCCUUCCGCUGAUCCCAACUGGCGAAGACCGGCCACCGGAGCAAGUCUGUUUGCAAUACUACCCGCCGGGCUCGGGCAUCCCACCACAUGCAGACACACACUCUGCUUUUGACCAGCUGUACGCUUUAUUUUUUGGGUCACCCGUACUCAUGCAGUUCCGAAAAGGUGACAAGCGUGUUGACAUCGACCUCACGCCACGCAGUAUGAUGCAAAUGACUGGAGACGUCCGAUUACACUGGACCCAUGGCAUCCGGCAGCGCAAGACAGACACAUUAGCCGAUGGCACUGUUCGCAGGCGUGGCUACGAGGUGGCGAGUGUGACUGCGGUGAUGUGUCUCUGUGCGAUACGGCGCAAAAACGAUUAG